AUGAGGGUUCAAGAAAUUGAUUUGUGUUUUAACGACAUUGUCAAACAGGGAUAUGUUUAUUUUCACAGCAAGCAUUUAUGGAUCUAUCGGAGGUUCUGGCUCAUUCUCAGAACAGCCUCUACUAAAGGACCCAGGCGACUGGAACAGUUCUCAAAGGAACAAGCAGCUAACUGUCAAUGUAAGCACAAAGAGAAAGGACUCACAGAAUUAAGAACUGUUAGCAGACCCCUGCAGGAGAAGAAGAAAAACACGAUCAUUCUGACUUCCAAGGAUGACUCACAAAAGGAUUUUGCAUGUGAUUCAGAGCAGUUUCACGUAUUUCUAAAGCCAUCAACUUCUAUGGAGUUCUACAGAGAAUGUAUCCUUCAGUUCUCAUGUGAUGCGCUCUGGCUGUGGGACUCCCGGAAUCCUUGUCGGAAAAUCACAUCAUGGCCCCUGAAGGCUUUGCGCCGUUACGGUCGGAGUCAAACCUGGUUCACCUUCGAAGCUGGCAGGUGA